AUUACAUAUCGGCUUUAGGAUUAUAUCGGUGGGGCAAGAUAAAACUGCUUCCCAGAUUAAAACCGUAAAAGACUUCCCAAAUUAAUAUAGAACUGUUCCUUUUUAGAAAAUUUCCGAUUUUCGAUAUGGAUGCCGAAGUGAUCAUUGUAGGAGCCGGAAUAAGUGGUCUUUCUGCUGCAAAAUGGCUGAAGGAUGCAGGAGUGAGUGUUCUUGUGCUAGAAGCAAUGGACCGUGUUGGUGGACGAACCUUCACAAAACGGGAUCCCAAAGUAAAUUACGUUGACUUAGGAGGAUCAUACGUUGGACCAACUCAAGAUCAUUUGCUUCGUUUAUCAAAAGAACUUGGUGUGGGAAAUUAUAAGAGAAAUCAAGACCAAAAAUGCAUCUAUUAUAGAAAUGGACGUAGACUACUCCACGAUGCGACAGUGUCACCUUACGAGAGAAAUCCUUUUGUUAACAUGGAUCUCAAUAACAUGUUUAGACUUAUUGAUAAAAUGGGUCAAGAGAUACCUGCAAAUGCUCCCUGGGAUGCCCCUCAUGCAGAAGAAUGGGAUUUGAUGACAGUUAAAGAUUUUUUAAAGGAACAUUGUUGGACAAAACCAGCGCGUCAAUUUUAUAGCGAGCUCUGUAGUAUUUUCAUCACAUCAGAAAAAUACGAAGUAUCACUACUGAUGUUUUUGUGGUUUGUGAAACAGUGUGGAGGAAUGAAAAGGAUGGUUAGCGCCGUAAAUGGUAGUCAGGAAAGAAAAUUCCUUGGUGGAUCUCAACAAAUUAGUGAAAAAAUUGCUCAGAGACUGGGAGAUGGCGGCGUCGUCCUUAAGAAUAGUCCCGUAGUUGGUAUAAAUCAAGAAUCAAAGGAAUUUGUUUUAGUGAAAACAUUAGCAGGAAAAGAGUAUAAGACUAAAUACAUCAUUCUAGCAUGUCCUCCAGGACUACAGCAGAAGAUCCACUUCACCCCACAACUACCUCCGAUGCGUAAUCAACUUAUGCAAAGGAUGCCAAUGGGAUCAGUUCUUAAAUUUAUUUUAUACUACAGAACGCCUUUCUGGAAAGAAAAAGGACUAUGUGGAACUAAUUUUAUUUUAGGAGGGGACGAGCAUCCGGCGUUUUAUUCUCUGGAUGAUUCCAAACCAGACGGAAGCUUUCCUGCUCUUAUAGGAUUCAUUGCAGGAGAUAAAUGCCGAAAAAUGUGCAAUUUGACGUCUGAAGAACGCAAAAAUGCAGUUGUACGAAGUUUAGUAGAAGCAACAGGUUGCCCUGAAGCUGCAAAGGUAAUCCAUUACGAAGAAAAGAACUGGAUGGAAGAACAGUACGUAGGUGGAUGCUGUACAUCACUCCCCCCUGGUUUUCUCACUAGAUACGGAAGAGCUUUAAGAACUCCUAUAGACAGAUUGUACUUCGCUGGAACUGAAACAGCUAUCAAAUGGUCGGGCUCUAUGAGUGGAGCCGUAGAAGCAGGAGAAAGGGCCGCACGGGAAGUGCUUUGUAGAAUGGGGAAAAUAACUCCUGACCAAAUUUGGGUAAAGGAACCAGAAUCUCAGGAUGUUCCUCCAUUACCUUUUGAGGAUACUUUUGGGGAGAAAUACACGCCAUCUGUUCCAGGCUUCUUAAAAUUUGUAACAAUCACAACCAUUUUAGGAGCAGCAACCUUUGCUUUCCUGAAAUGUCCUAAAUAUUUUCCAAAAUUGAAAUAGUUUAAUAAGUUUAUAUUUGAUUGAAAAGCAGACAGAAAAUAUAAUUUGUGAAACGUAUUUUCCUUUAUUAUAAGAUUUCGAAAUUAAUUAUUAAAAUUUAAUAUUUUCACUAGUUUUCCAAUAUUUACUAUCAACCUUUGAGUAUUCCAAAUAUUGGAAAAUUUAAAUGAAAAUUCAAUGAAGAGGAGUCGCAUUGAUAAAAGAGUUAUUUUACUGAAAAUGUGUUUGCAUUAUUUUUUUAGUAAUUUUAUAUAUGUCACUUUGGUAUGUUUAGCAGUAUAAAUAAAUAUCGAACGAUAAAACAUUAACUAAUUUUUGUAUCUUUAUUUCUUCUUACUUUCGACAAGAAAUCUGUGUCUCAUUUUUCAUUCGCAAUAAAUUUCUUUUUUCAAUAAUUUUCGGUAAUUUUAAUGUAU